GACUGGGGAUCACACGAGGGAGGAGCCUGGAGCUGGGAGACUCUCCGGGCGGGGGGAAGCUUGACCAUAAAAGCUCUCCACGUUUGCUUCUUUCAAACGGGCGGCCAGAGGACUUGGGGUCUGACUCCGCCGGGCACGGGUUCGGACAAUGGUUUGGCACGUUUAUCUGAGCGCCGUUGUCCCCAGGCUCGUUUUCAUCCUUCACACGGUCUUUGCAGUUUGGCGAGUGGUUAAAGCGAAGAAUGACAACUACUACUGGCUGUUGCUGCUUCUGACAUUGCUGAUCCUUGUAGAGAUGAUAGUGACCACCACCAUCCAGAAAGGAGCCGAUUACAAAGGGUUUUCUCCAGCAUUGUUUUUUUAUCUGAUCAACAUAAUACCUCCAAUAUGGAUCCUUGAAAUAUGCGAACUUGAAAAAAUACGCAAUGACGAAUGUGUUUCAAAGAAUUACUCCACAUGCAUGUAUGAUAUCCGUCCAACUGGAAGUCCAGCUGCAGAAAGGAACACAAAUUCCAGUUCCACAGGCAAAUCGGACAUUUUUCAGAAUUUCGACUGGAUCCUGGGCCUACACCAGACUCUCCUUAUUGUACUUAUCAUAGGAAAAUGGAUACUGCCUUUGGGAAUCGGAGUCAACCGCGACCAACUCUCCCAGCUGCUUUUGAUGUUUGUGGGGACGGCAGCUGAUAUAUUGGAGUUUAAGAGUGAAACACAAUCACAUACUGGGGUCAGGUGCUGCCUUGAGCUGGUCUAUGCCAUUCUGGCUCUAUGGACAUGGAGUAUGCUGCAAUUUCCCUUGGACAUUACAGUACAGCAGAGGGAAGAUGCAGAAGUUCCAGGACACCACACCCCACUAUGGAAAGCACAGCUAUACAAAUACAGCGCAGACCUCUGGAAUAUAUCCAUAUCCAUAUUUAUACAAGAUGGACCUUUCCUUGUCUUCCGAUUGUUCUUAAUGCUAAGUCAAAAAAUAUAUCACCAGAUGUUAUUGUUCUUCACGAUCAAGAAUAGCUUGGUGUUGACACUGCAGAUCUAUCGGCUGGUUGUCAUAUAUUUAGAACUACGUAAUCCCCAACGCAGGGAAAGCCAGAAGACCACUGUGACCGAUGUUGCUUCUACUAUUGAGAUGGAAGACGUCGAUGAGUAGCAGGUGCUUCUGGCCGGGGCAAAGAUAGGAUGAACUGACUCGGACGUGCAAGAUCUCGCCAUCGUCAUUAGAAAUGAAUAUGUCCAAUUGAUUGAGACACAAAGCUGCUUGUUGGAGUUAGCAAAUGUGCUUGCACAUGCGCUAGGGUGGAAGCACCAGAACGCACAGCUCCAGGUUUACUUGAAGGAUAGUUUUAAGGAAUGCUUCAUACAGAUAGACCAAGAUUGGCGUAACUCCAUUCCUCUGUCCUUCCUUGAGAGGCCUCUCUUUGACACAGCCGCAUUCGAACCUUUUCCCUCUGAAUCUCUGCUGCUCAUUCAAAGCAAGAGAAAAUACAUUUUCAAGGCAAAGUCACCUUUCGGAAAUCCAAAGCUGAUCACUAUUAGUGAACUGUUACUAUAGGGAAUGUGACAACUGGUUUGUGUGCCGAAAUUGAGAAUUUUGACAAAUAAUUCUAGGCUAGGCAUCAGGAUAAUCUCUCUGCCCUUUCCUCAUUUGUGACCACUUACAUCGGCAGGAGAGUUUAAAUGCGUUAUUCGGAAUAUAACUUCUUUAUCUAGUGUAGUUGCCUGUCAAAAUUGCACUGGAAA